AUGAUUUUGACUAAACCCAACUUGCUAGAAGUUGACGAAGGAGUCCUAACUGAUAUCAGUCUUUCUUUGCAGAAAUAUGACACUCAAAAGGUUAGAGGAGCUAAUCUCUCUUUUCUAAAAACUUAAAAGGCUCAUAUAGAUUAAAAAUUCUAUUAGGCGAAAGAGGAGACGUUUAAAGGAUGA